AUGUCGAGCGAGUACCUUACGGCGAGCGAAGCUGGGGAUAGCCGAAGGGGGUACAGCGUCCCUCCCUCCCGUCCCGGUUCCAGUUCCAAUGGCUCCAGUUCGAAUUCAAGCAGACGGGGGAGUGCUGCUGAUACUCGUACUGCGAGGAGGGGCAGAGUUCGGUUCAAUAGCACCAGCGAGGCCAACGACCCAACGAACCAGAGAACCAAUGUCCCUACACGAACAGACAGAGCAGACAGAUCCGUAUCACCAACUUCAGUUCCCGCAACUCCACCAUCGAAUAUUAGGAUCAGUCCUCCCCGCUCGAGAGAUAUCAGCCCUACCUCGUCGAGACAUACACCCGAGAGCGAGAAAGAGAAUCCCUUCCUGGACGCCCAUGAGACUCAGAGUCCAAUUCCCAAACCGAGACCCAGCGUUCUCAGGAACCCCUCGAGCUUUAAUUCAAUGACCGAUAAUGUCGAGGAAGAGUAUGAUGAGAAGGCCUUCUCGGCCUUGGCAGCGCAAGAGCGAGCACAACGAAUAGCGUCUUUAGUGGGAAGUCACUCUGCGCCCGCAUCAAGAAGAGGGAGUUUGGAGGAAACCGACGAGGAACUCCCACCACUUCGACGGACGAAGGCGGGCAGAUUUCCUUUCAGGCUUGACGAUAUUCCGUUGACGGAUAUGGACGAGAGGAGAGCCGCGUAUGAUAGAGCUGGAGAAGAGAGUGAUGAAGGCGAGACGAAGGGCAAGGGCAAGGAUUUGGAAGCCCGUAACUUGGUAAGAUCUCACUCGAGGAAGUAUCGCACGGAAAGGGUACGAUCGGCCUACGUAUCAGGGACUGUUACGCCCACGGAAGAGCAGGUUGGCGAAGAUUAUGUCCCGCGGCCCAAACGCUACCGACCUGGUAUCUUGUCGAAUUUACUGAAGCUCUACAACCAGCCCGCGUCAAGGAGGGGAAGUGAGGCGUCUGUAGAGAGCCCGUUGCUGCCGCCAGGAACAGCCAGUUCGGUGGGAUCAUCAGGCACGACGACACCCAGACAGAAAUGGUAUCAUCAGAGGCCUCGUUCAGAAGACACUUUAUCCGGCCUCAUCGACACUUCCUCAACUUUGGCAGGCGUAUCUCCUGCUGCCAGAAAGAAAGCCGGUCCAAUCAGGCCCGGCUUGGGCAAGAGGACGCAAAGUGGGAAUCUCAUCACUGCCGCUGUCCAGCGGAUUGGUGGGAGGAGGUCACGAUUAGAGGAGGAGAUCAGGAUCACAAUUCAUAUUGCAGAAAUUCUUAGUCGGCAGAAGUACCUUCUGAAGCUUUGCAGGGCGCUGAUGAGUUAUGGUGCCCCCACCCAUCGACUCGAGGAGUAUAUGAAGAUGAGCGCUCGGGUUCUCGAAACCGAAGGCCAAUUCCUCUACAUCCCAGGCUGCAUGAUUAUCUCAUUCGACGACGCAUCCACCCAUACCACCGAAGUUAAGCUUGUCAAGUCUUUCCAAGGUGUCGAUUUGGGCAAGUUGAAGGACGUGCAUCAGGUAUAUAAAGAGGUCGUUCAUGAUGUCGUCGGCGUUGAAGAAGCUACUCACAGAUUAGAUGCCAUCAUCAAUGCGAAGCAGAAAUUUAACAACUGGUUUCUGGUAUUGGUCUAUGGAUUUGCCAGUGCUACAGUGGCUCCAUAUGCCUUUGAUGGACGCAUGAUCGACCUCCCGAUUGCCUGGUUACUAGGUUGCCUUCUAGGCUUCCUCCAGUUGAUCGUCGCACCACGCUCUGCCCUCUACAGCAACGUUUUCGAGAUAUCCGCCGCAGUCCUAACCUCCUUCCUCGCCCGAGCUUUUGGUUCAAUUAACAAUGGGAGGACUUUUUGUUUCUCGGCCCUGGCCCAAUCAUCGAUCGCCCUGAUUCUACCAGGAUACAUGGUGCUCUGUAGCUCACUUGAGUUGCAGUCUCGGUCCUUGGUUGCUGGAUCCGUCCGGAUGGUGUAUGCCAUCAUCUACUCACUCUUUUUGGGGUAUGGAAUCACAAUAGGUACUACUGUGUACGGACUAGUUGAUGGGAAUGCCACCAGCAGUACGAGAUGCCACAAUCCGAUGCCGCCUUAUUACAGAUUCUUAUUCGUCCCGGCUUUCACCCUCUGCCUCACAAUAAUAAACCAGGCGAAGUGGAAGCAGACACCUGUAAUGCUCAUAAUUUCAUUCGCCGGCUAUGUGGUCAAUUUCUUCAGCACUCGCCGAUUCCCUUCAGCUCCACAGAUCUCCAACACACUCGGUGCCCUUACUGUUGGAGUGUUGGGUAACCUCUAUUCACGGGUGCGCCAUGGCGUGGCGGCUGCGGCUCUGAUUCCUGCGAUCUUCGUUCAAGUGCCAUCUGGACUCGCGGCCUCGGGCUCACUGCUCGCAGGCGUGAGCACCGCAGACCAGAUCACAAAUCGGACGGGGCAUGGCAAUACGACAACUCCUGUGAGUGUUCUGUUAGGUUUGGGCAACCAGUUCAAUACCAUUGUAUUCAAUGUCGGGUUCAGCAUGAUUCAGGUGGCGAUUGGCAUUACGGUUGGGUUGUUCUUAGCAGCAUUGAUUAUCUAUCCGUUUGGGAAGAGGAGGAGCGGACUUUUCAGCUUCUGAAUUGGCCUUUUUCCUUUGUUUUUUGCGUAUAUCAAGCGUCGGCGUUGGGUACAACAAACAAGGGUGGGCUGGGUCAGUUGACUGGAGAUUGGGCAUUUGGAGAUUGGAGAAGAGGCGCUAGCGGUAUAUUGAACAAUUAUAAUGUUCAAAAUACUCUCCAGAGAUUGAGAAACUCAGAUGAAGUUUGAUCUGGAAACAGAUCUGACCAAGAUUACAAAAUCAAAUAUUUAGCA